UAGUGAAAGAUUGGUUCUGUUAGUAAUCAGUACUACACAAUGCCGUUCACGAAGCGCAAUCAAGAUAUCUCGUUGUGAAUCAUACCAUAAAAGAUAAAACUUUCGAUAAUAUUUAACCUUAAUUGCAUCUCACUAGAAAUUAUAGUAUAAUUAUAGACAUGGAUAAAUACUUGUUAUUAUUACUGGUGCUGAGUUUGGCAAGUUCGCUGCAAUGUGCUCGUAUACUGGGUGUUUUUCAAAUGCCGACAGUAAGCCACCAGAGUGUGUUUCAGUCUUUAUGGAAGGAGUUAUCUCUGAGAGGACAUGACGUCACUGUAGUUACACCAUAUCCUUUGAAGGAUCCACGGUUGGUAAAUCUCACCGAAAUCGACAUGAGUUACGCUUCGGAUUCCAUGAAACGGCACGGAUUCCAGUUUUUCAUGCGCAAGGAAUUCGCUGUGCACACCAAAAUACCCAAGAUAUUUGCCAUUAACUACGAUGCGGCAGAUGCCAUAUUCUCAAACACCGAAUUUAUAAAAAUCUAUAAUAACAGUAAUGAAAAAUUUGACGUAAUCUUGGUCCAGACCUAUAUUAGCCCGAUCAUGUAUAGCUUAGGAUACAAGCUAGGAGCACCAGUUAUAGGAGUGGCGUCCAUGGGUGGAUACGUUGGUUCUCACUACGCAAUGGGCAAUCCAAAUCCUCCUUCACUAUAUUCGGAAAUGUUUUUGCCUUAUAAUGGAAAGCUGACUUUUUACGAGCGUUUUUGUAGCACCCUUUAUUAUAUAUGGCUCAGAUUCUAUCUUACAUUUGUAGCUAUUCCUAGAUGUGAUGAAAUAGCUAGGAAGUAUUUAGGGAACGAUAUGCCUUACAUGGGUGAAAUAGAGAAAAAUCUUAGUCUUCUGUUUCUGACUACAAAUCCGAUAUUCUAUCCUCCUAGACCGACGGUGCCGACUAUUAUUCCAUUACAAAGGUUGCAUAUCAAACCCCCAAAGCCGUUGCCUAAGGAUUUACAAACCAUUUUGGAUAAUGCCAAAAAUGGAGUGAUUUUCUUCAGUUUGGGUUCAAACGUUCAAAGCGUCAAUAUGCCAGAUAGGUUGAGGAUAGUUUUAAAUGAAGCAUUCUCCGAGUUGCCUUAUACCAUUUUGUGGAAGUACGAAUCCGUAGAUUUGCCAGGAAAGCCUUCAAAUGUUAUUAUCAAGAAAUGGCUACCACAACAAGAUGUACUUGCUCACCCCAACAUAAGGGCGUUUAUUUCACAAACCGGACUGCAGUCUACCGAGGAGGCAAUAGACAGAGGUGUUCCUAUCAUCGGAAUGCCAUUUAUUGCGGACCAGUCCAUGAAUACAAGAGUAGUUGCUGAAAUCGGGAUUGGAGUGGGAGUGGAUUAUGAAACCGUUACGAAGGAGGAAUUAAAGAAUGCAAUAAUUGAAGUGGCAGAGAAUGAAAAGUAUAAAAGGAACAUAGAAAAACUUCGGGAUUUAAUGCUCGAUGAACAAGUGCCCCCUAUGGAAAAAGCCAUUUGGUGGAUCGAAUACGUGAUCAGACACAAAGGAACUAAGCACCUUCGAAGUCCCACGGUUGAUAUAUCCUGGAUCGAAUACUUCCUCAUUGACAUCGCUUUCGUAGUUCUGUUGAUCUCAACGAUUAUCAUCUAUUCCAUCUAUAAAAUUGUCAAGGUACUACGAAAUUGUAACAAAGCAACGGUUAAGAAAAAUGGGAAAAAUGAUUGAUAAGCGAAGAAAGUAGUAUGGAAAAUAAUAAUUUUAUACAAGUAAUUACGAUAUAGAUUUUUUAUUAGCUUUGCCUGUUUCGUUGUGGUUAUUUGAAACAGGUAAAGAAAAGAAUUGAUGAUUAAACAGAUAACCAAAUAUAAGAUACUGAAACUAUA